AUGCUGAGCAUACGACGAAGUCUUGAGAUUGAGAAAAGUGAUUUUUUCACAGUACGGACAGAGCCCGCAUCGGGUGGGAUUGUAUGGAAGACCAUUCGAUUCAUCCAUUUCAUAGCGCACAAACUGAGGCUCGUACGGACGACUAAUGUGAAAAUUGGGGUUCUUCUCGUACUUGAUAUUGUGGUACGGUUGCAAAGACGUGAGCGACAACCGAAGAUAACAAUUUCGGUUGAUUUUACAAAUCGACUGGAGCUCCUCAUUGUAUAUCUUGACGGUUUUGUUUCUGUUCUCGUCCAUCUGUUGAGCAGUGAUAUCAUUUCGAGCAGUAUUGAUCAACUCUGGACACGGAACCACAACCGUGGGAAUCAACUCCGACUGGUACUCAAUCUCAAACUCUGGCGGAGCAGUGUUCUUGCUUCCCUUGGCUCGUUUCUUGAUACACGCUGGAGCAGGAAAAGCUUUGAAUUCGAGGGCACAGUCGGCGUAAUCAUACAUUCCUGCGAACGGAAGGUUGAUGGACUCGAUUGCGAGUUCUGUUCCAGUGGGCAAUACACUAUAAUUCUGAACAUUGUUCUCGUGUGA